CAUGCCCGUCUGUUCUUUCUCUUACCUCUUGAACAAAAUCAAAAACCCUAGAACCCUCAAAUCUCAUCAAUCGUCUCAUAGAUCGAUUCACCAAUAAAGCGUCAAUCGUGUUCGUGUUUUCUUUCACCACUGUAUAUUAUACAAGUUACAGCCGACUAUUGUUUUCAUUCUUCAAUAUGUCGUCCCUAAGGAAUGCUGUUCAGAGACGGGCCCACAAGGAACGAGCUCAACCAAAAGAAAGAAAAAGAUUUGGGCUUCUUGAGAAACACAAGGACUAUGUUGUCCGUGCAAAAGCCUUCCAUAAAAAAGAGGAUUACUUGCAGAAACUCAAGGAAAAGGCAGCAAAUAGGAAUCCAGAUGAGUUCUACUUUAAGAUGAUCAACUCCAAAACCGUUAAUGGAGUUCAUAAAUCAGGGGGUGAUUCAGACAAAUACACUGAAGAGGAACUGUUGCUGAUGAAGACACAAGAUAUAGGUUAUAUCUUGCAGAAACUUCAAGCUGAAAAAAAGAAAAUUGAAAGGCUAACUGCAACACUGCACUCACUUGAUUCUCAGCCGUCAAACAAGCAUGUAUACUAUGCUGAAGAUAGGGAGGAUGCUAAGAGAAUAUUAUCAGAAACAAAGAGUGUUGGAGGAUUGCCAGCUUUCGAGGAUUUGCCUGAAAGCAUCAAAAGAAAGACGGCUUCUUCAUACAGACAGCUGGAAGACAGGAAAAACCGAGUGCAAGAGUUGGAGAAAGUUUAUAAUGAAAUGGCAUUGAAACAAGAAUUACGGAAAAAGGGUAAAAAACGAAAGCUGCGUGAAGACGAGAUCGUGUGUCCAACUUCUAGACCAGUAUACAAGUGGAGAACCGAACGUAAACGUUAAACUAAGGUUGAAGUUUUCUGGCAGUGCAACUGUGCAAGUGAGAUCUGAUGUGUUUUGUGGCUGGGUUCUUGUCAAAGUGAUUAAGGAACCUGAUUUUCAACUAUUUUUAGGCAUUUUGACCAAAUUUGCAUGUAAUUCAGUUAAACCGAACAACAAUGGAUGCCCUGAUCCAUGAUGACAUGAUUCCAGUUACUUUAUCAUACAGUUAUUAAUUAGUAGGUUUGAACUACUUGUUAUUCGGUUAAAA